GCUGCCGCCGCACGAACCCGGAAGUGCGUCUUUCUCCGGUGGGCGUGCGGGGUCGGCGGCUCCGUUAGCGCCGGUGCGGCUGUGCCGGGGCAGGGGGAUGGCGGCCACCGCGGAGCUGCAGGGGAAGUACCAGAAGCUGGCUCAGGAAUACUCCAAGCUUCGAGCUCAGAACCAAGUAUUGAAAAAGGGGGUUGUGGAUGAGCAAGCAAACUCUGCAUCUCUGAAGGAGCAAUUGAAGAUGAAGGACCAAUCACUGAGAAAAUUGCAACAAGAAAUGGACAGCCUGACCUUUCGGAACCAGCAGCUUGCCAAACGGGUGGAGUUACUUCAAGAUGAACUUUCGUUAAGUGAAACUAAGGGCAAGAAGAACAAGAAAAGUGCAGAAUCUUCAUCUCAGUUGAGUCAAGAGCAGAAAAGUGUCUUCAAUGAAGAUCUUCAGAAGAAAAUAGAAGAGAAUGAACGAUUGCAUAUACUUUACUUUGAAGCAGAUGAGCAGCAUAAACGUUUAGAAGCGGAGCUGAGAACUAAACUUGAAGUUCUGGAAACUGAUGCUGCCCAGCAUCAAGCUGUAGUGGACAGCUUAACAAGGAAAUACACGGAUACCAUUGAAAAGCUGCAGAAUGAUAAAUCCAAAUUGGAAAUCAAGUCUCAGACACUAGAAAGAGAAGCUAAGGACUGUAGGCUUCGAACCGAAGAAUGUCAGCAACAGUUAAAGAAUCUUCAAGCAGCUUUGGGGAGUAGACUGGAAGAAUCUCUAUGCAUAAUCAAUGAAAAAGUACCUUUUAAUGACACAAGAUCUAAUCGGUACAAUGCUCUGAAUGUACCAUUGCACAACAGAAGAUAUCAGCUCAAGUUGCGAGACCUUGCUGGCCAGGCGUUGUCUUUUGUGCAAGAAAUUGUAACAGCUCUUCUGAAUUUUCAUACGUACACUGAGCAGAAGGUCCAGAUCUUUCCCAUUGAUUCUGCAACAGACACUAUAUCGCCAUUAAAUCAGAAGUUCUCGCAGUAUCUUCAUGAAAAUGCUUUUUAUGUUCGUCCUCUGGAGGAAGGAAUGCUUCAGUUGUUUGAGAGUAUUACAGAAGAUACUGUGACAGUCCUGGAAACAACUGUGAAAUUGAAGGCCUUUUCAGAACAUUUAGCUUCAUACUUAUGCUUUUUAAGAAAGAUUCUUCCUUAUCAGUUGAAAAGUUUGGAAGAAGAGUGUGAGUCUUCUCUUUGCACAGCUGCUUUAAAAGCUAGAAAUAUGGAGCUACACAGAGACAUGAAAAGGUUGACGGCGAUCUUUGAGAAGCUACGUACAUAUGUUAGUCUUCUUGCUUUACCAAGUACGAAACCAGAAGGACUACUUAGAACAAAUUACAGCUUAGUGUUUACAAACAUUGCUGCAAGCCUUCAUGGGUCUCAUGACAUCCUGAAAGACAUUUCUAAGCACUACAGUCAAAAAGCUACACUAGAACAAGAUGUUCCAACUGCAACACAGAAGCUCAUAACUACAAAUGACUGUAUUUUGUCCUCCAUUUUGUCUUUAACAAAUGGAGUAGGCAAGAUUGCUUCGUUCUUUAGCAACAACUUGGAUCACUUCACUUCUUCAUUGAGCUAUGGCCCAAAAGGAGGAACAGAGUUCAUCAGCCCUCUUUCAGCGGAGUGUAUGCUGCAGUACAAGAAAAAGGCAGUUGCCUAUAUGAAGACUCUGAAGAAGCCUUGUACAGAUUCAGUGCCUUAUGAAGAGGCUUUGGCCAAUCGCAGAGUUCUUCUGAGUUCCACAGAAAGUAGAGAAGGUCUCACACAACAGGUCCAGCAGAGUUUGGAGAAAAUUGCAAAACUUGAACAAGAGAAAGAGCACUGGAUGUUGGAGGCCCAACUAGCAAAAAUAAAACUGGAGAAGGAAAACCAAAAGCUGAAGAACUCUCUUAGUGGACAUUUAGCUGAAGCUGUACAAGAGUGUUCUGUUUCAUCAAAUAUAGCUGAACAAAAGGAGGAAACCACAGAGAAGAGUCAGAGGGAACCUAUCAAAAGUACUAGCCUGAUUGGGAUGUUGACUAUAACUACUGACGACGAGAAGAUUCCAGAUGUUGAAUCUCGUGAAGACUUGAUUAAAAAACACUAUAUGGCAAGAAUAGCAGAACUUACGUCCCAUCUACAGCUUGCUGACAGCAAAUCAGUACACUUUCAUGCAGAGUGUCGAGCACUUGCCAAAAGACUGUCUUUAGCAGAGAAGUCCAAGGAAUCACUCACAGAAGAGUUGAAACUAGCUAGUCAAAGCAUCAGUAGAUUACAGGAUGAAUUGAUGACGACAAAGAGAAGUUAUGAGGAUCAGCUAAGUAUGAUGAGUGACCAUCUCUGCAGUAUGAAUGAGACUCUAACUAAACAAAGGGAAGAAAUUGACACACUAAAGAUGACUAGUAAGGGAAACUCUAAAAAGAACAAAACCCGAUAGCUCCCAGCUCAUUAGCUAUCUGUGGAGGCUGCUGCUGAAGAGAGUGCAGAUACUGUUUGGUGCCUGUUAUUACGGAAAGCAGGGUGGUGUUGGGUCUCAUAUGAACUGAUCUGGUGCUGUACAUGGCUUUAAAAUAUUUAGCACUUCCAACAGAUAGAACUUGGUGUUGUUUCUAAACCAGGACACGUACACUCUGUGGAUAAUUUGUAAUUACCUUCAGUUUUUACUGUGCACUUUUUAAAACUGGGUUUUAAUUUCCUGUAAUAACUUCAGCUUUUGUAUAUUUUUCAACUAUGAUUAUGCAUUCAGAAAUUUGGUAUCAGUGCAGUAGUUGUCUGUUUCUGAGUUAUGUUAAAUUGUCAACAGCUGUACACUCAGUUCUUGCUAAUGACAGUUUAAAAAUUAAUUUGGAAACUUUGGCCAUGUCAGCUGUGCAGCUACUACUGUAAAUGUACUCCUGCCCUCUUAAAUGAAUUCAAGUGUGUCUUUAAAUGAUUUCUCUAAAUUCCUAUGGGUAAAUGGGAUUGUUCUUCAUCCCCACCUCCUUUUUUUUUUUGUGAGAUUGCAAUAGUGGAAACUCUUGCUACUUGUAUUUUGGCACUUUGGGUUUUGAAAUAAAGAGCACAAAUAGCUGAACUGGGAAACUUCUAUGAAAUUGCUUUAAGCCCUAAUUUUGGCAUUUUUUUAUACGUGUAUAUAUUCUGGUUGAAAUAGCUGUUAAAAGCUAUAGGAAAAUGUGAUCAUAAUUUUGCCCAAAAGAGUGAAGCGGAAUAUGUGUGUGUAGAAUAGAUCAGCUUACUGUGCUCUCUUACAAUGAAGAAUAUAAAAUGCAUAGAACAUUGAAACACUGAAUUUGCAAAAAGUCUCUCAUGGGAUUAGUUCUGAUGGGUCGACCAAGGAGCUGCACAUAGCCUUUCUUGUGCUUUGGGAAGCUUGUGAUCUCUUGGCCUCUCAAGAUUCUUUAAGUGAAGUCUAAUAAUACACGGUUUCAUGACAUCUGACUUUUUUUUUUAAACCAGAUGUUGUGCUGCUUCACACUGAUCUUCGGUUCCAUAACUUGCAUUGUGGCACUUAGUUGUCCCAUAGGGUUUGCUCUGAUAUCAGCUGUGUCAAUGUGUUAUCAGUAUGUAACAAUAAAAUCAACUAAACAAAAUCAUUUUUUUCUUAGUUCUGUUUAUGCCUGGCUUGCACAAUGUGAUACCAUGGUAGGGAAUUGAAGGUUAUCUCCUGGUGAGGUGACCUAAAACAGUAGACCUGAUUACUCUUAGUAGUGCUCAUUUGCUUGGAGAAUGUUUGUCUGAGUGAGCCUGAACUUCUGCACAUAGUGCUGUGGUGUGCAAAGUGCACUUGGUUCCCUGUCAGCGCUUCCCACCUUUGUGCCGCCUCGGUGGCAGAAGUUACCUUCUCUGGCUCGAUCACAACUAUUGAGCUGCUUUGAUUCAAGUUAUUCCUUCUAAGGACAAAAUGGAUGUGGUCAUGAAGUGGGAGAAGAGAGGGGGAGCAUCUGCACAGCUUAUUAGCAUCCUGUUGAAUAGAACUGCAUCCCAGCCAGAUAUAAGGGCUGGGAAGUGUUUACUCUCUUUAACCAUUCAAUUAAAACAGACCUUCAACUUCAGGCUGCAUCUGCUGGGUCAGCAUAGGUGGAUGUUGUAGUGCUGUUUCUAUGUGGUGAGGCUGACUGGCAGGGAGUUCAGUGACUUAAUACAACCUCAGUCCUCUGUAGAAGAAAGAAGAUGCUGCUAAAACUCCGAGAGUCAGCAGGAGGUAAGUGAACUGCUUUUAUAUUUUAGGCAAUAUUAGGAACACUCUCUUUCCUUGGAAAAACACAUUUCUGGUUGUUUUGGGGAAAUCUGUAGGCAGUUUAUCCCUUUUUCCAAAUCUUUAUAGCCAGAACUUGUUGCUACUGUCCAGAAGAGGUGUGGAAGUGAUUAUAGCAGUUCUGCGCAGCAAAAGGAUGUUGUGUAAAGUGACCUGGGCUAUUGCUGAUCCCCUGUCUGGGUUGCCACUGUCCCUUGUGUGGUUACUCUGGCUCAUGAGCAGUAUGCUGUUCAAGGCUGUACCAGAUCACUACUCCAGCAAGCUGCUGCUUCCUGGGACAGGAUUGCAAGGAAGAGUUCUGAGGGGCAGAGCCACCCUCGUGCGAACUGGUGCCUGUAGCUAGUGAUACGGGGCCAUGCAUAGCGGUUCUGCAGUUCAGACAGCAUAUGUUGCCCGCUCUUCUCUUUCCCCUGCCUUCCCCGCUUCCUUCUAUCCCAACCAGUUUCUGCACUCAAAAAUCAGUGGGGGUUCACUUUGGCGAGCUGUAUUUGUUUUGCUUGCCUGUUCAGAUAAGGCAUAUACAACUGAAAAACGCGCAGAGCUGCUGGAAGGCGCUUAACACAAAUCACUGUUUUCACUAUUUGUCUUCUGCAGUAGCAAACGUGCUGGUUUCAGCAGCGUGGCCGUUGCUUUGCACGCUCUGAGGAGGCCCUCUUAAGUACAUAAGGCAGACGCCGAGUUCUUAAGUCAUGAAUUCAUUUAGUAUCUCAUUCUCGACGACUAAAUACGAACUCCGUUUUGGUUUCGUACGCUGCCUUCCAAGGGUUUUGGUCGGAAGCAGGAGGUGGUGCCCGCACAGCAGUCCGUCUGACUGAAGUUCAUCUCCCGCUCCA